AUGGAUAAUGCUGCAUACAUGAUCUCUCGAGGUAUGAAGACGCUGCACCUUCGUGUACAGUAUCAGAAUAGUAUAGCAUUGAGGAUGGCCCAAUUUUUAGAGGAACAUCCCAAGAUUUUACGGGUAUAUUACCCUGGACUGCCAAGUCAUCCAGAGUAUCACAUUGCCAAGCAGCAAAUGACUGGUUUCGGUGGUGUGGUCAGUUUUGAGCUAGCCGGAGGCUUGGCAGAGACUAAAAAGUUCAUUGAUUCUUUGAAAAUUCCAUACCUUGCUCCUUCUUUUGGAGGUUGUGAGAGUAUAGUGGACCCACCAGCCAUUUUGUCUUACUGGGAUAGCGUGUCGGAGAGAAACAAGUACGGCAUUGGAGAAAACCUGAUCAGGUUCAGCUUUGGAUUGGAGGACUUUGAGGAUUUGAAGGUUGAUAUCCUUCAAGGUCUUGAAGCUAUGUGA